AUGUUUAUAUAUAUGGCUUUAACUGUAGGUACAUCAUCAUUAGCUUAUCGAAUAUGGUUAUUAAUUAAAAGAAGUUUUUCGUCUCAACAAUACAAAAUUACGUCAUCGAAAAAAGCAGUUUAUAUUAAUGGGAUGUCAUCUAGUUUUCCACCAAAUUGUUAUCGUCAAACUCAAAUGCGAGAUAUGUUUAUUAAAAACUAUUGUGGUGGAGAACAACAUAUAAUUCCAAAAGAUUUAGAUUUUAUUAAUCGAGUAUUCUCUGCAGCAAUGAUUGAAACAUGCUAUGUUAAUUUACCUGAAGAUCAAUUAUUUAUGAGAAUGCAACGAGAACAAUAUACCGAAUAUGUAAAAAAAAACAAAGUUAGCAAUGGCAUGUCAAUCUGCAAGAAAUGCAAUUAA